AUGGCCCGAGUUCUCCCAAUCGACGAAUGGGCCCCGCCACAAUCCCGAGCUUCGACAAGCGACUUCAGCACAUUUUAUGGUACAAUGGGGUCUGAGGAUGUCUUUGAAACCAAGGAAGUGGCGCCUUCGCGGUUUAGAAAUCGGUUAAGGUCUCUGCCAUUCGCAAAGGAUACUGAUAUGUCGUCGGGGAUGGAGAAGAUGUCACUAGGCACCAAACCGGAGGCAUCAGAAGAUGGGAAACGGGAGGGAGGAUUCCGCGGAUUUAUGCGGCGGGCGUCGGUUUCUAUAAAGAGGAAGCAACGGCGCCAUUCCCAUGCUUCGCAUGCGAUGCAGGACAGGCCCCAAACGUCUGCUUCCCCGUGGGACAGGCUAAGGCAGGCGACAAGCUUCAAUAGACAUUCGAGGUGCUUCCCCGCACCAUAUUUUGACGCCGAAUCCUCUACCGACUCUCGUGGAUACCUCACUCCUAUUCCUGGACAUGGCAACGCGCCUCCAGUCAUACCUAGAGGAAGUGGGGGAGAGGCCGCUCGAGCUACGGCGGCAGCGCAGAACGAGUAUUUCUUCGGGAGGAAUCGCCAUCUUCUGUCUCCGGACUACCAAUUGGAGGAUCGCGAAAGUGGCAUUGGCAUAGACGUGGUCCAGCACCCCUCUACCUCGAUCGACCGCGUUGACUUCAUUGUGAGACUGCCUAAUGAGCUUGCAAUUCAGAUUCUUGAGAAGCUUGACCAUCAUGCGCUGGCUCGGACGACACUGGUCUCUAAGAGAUGGCACCAGGUCUCUUGCGAUAAUCAAAUUUGGCGCCGAGCGUUCCUUCGAGAGAAGUCAAAGACAUAUGCUAUGAGUGGUCCGACACCCCUAGGUGCAGGCUUGGGACUUCCAUCGCCAGAUCCCAACCAUGACUUCAAGGACCUCUACCGGAUCAGGCAGGAGCUGGAGUACAAUUGGCAGGAGGGCCAAGCGGAGCCUAUAUAUCUCAAUGGGCAUCUGGACAGUAUAUAUUGUAUACAAUUUGACGAGUCUAAGAUUAUAACUGGUUCUCGCGACAAAACUAUUCGAGUAUGGGAUAUGAAAACAUACACAUGCAGCUUGGUCAUCGGGCCGCCAGAUGUUGUAGGGAGCAAUGCCAUGUUUAGAGAGGACGGGAAACUCCAGCAUUUUGCUGUAACGCAGGAUCAGAGCCGACUAGCGGAGUCCAGACCAUCUUGUGUCUCUUAUCCUCUCUAUCACAAUCAGUCAAUUUUGUGCUUACAAUACGAUGCGCAAAUUCUCGUUACCGGCUCAUCUGAUGGUACUUGCAUCGUAUAUGACAUCAAGGAUAACUACAGGCCGAUCAGAAGACUAGAACAUCACUCGGCAGCAGUCCUUGACCUUGCCUUCGACGAGCGGUACAUCGUCACAUGCUCGAAAGACGUUAGUAUUUGUGUCUGGGACCGUGAGACAGGCGAGAUGUUGAAGCAGCUCCGAGGUCAUACGGGUCCCGUGAAUGCGGUCCAGCUGCGAGGUAAUACGAUCGUUAGUUGUAGUGGCGACUUUAGGGUCAAGCUGUGGAACAUCGACACAGGCAAGAACAUUAGAGAGUUUUCUGGUCAUACCAAGGGUUUAGCUUGUAGCCAGUUCUCCGAUGAUUCAAGGUUCAUUGCUUCCGCAGGAAACGACAAGAUCAUUCGCAUCUGGGAUGCGAAUACUGGGGAAUGCCUAAAGAAGAUCGAAGCUCAUCAUAAUCUUGUACGGUCGCUCCAUAUCGAUUCUGUCAGUGGACGACUGGUUUCCGGGAGUUAUGACCAGGACAUCAAGGUGUUUGAUAUGGAGUCGGGACGUUUACUCCUGGACUUUCCGAAAUGGCAUGCGAGCUGGGUUCUCGGUGCUAAAUCGGAUUACAGACGAAUCAUCAGCACGGGUCAAGAUCCAAAGAUCCUCAUUAUGGACUUCGGUCUGAAGGUCAGAGGUAUUGAUAAGUUGGAGAGUUGA